AUGCGGGCAAUGACUAUACAAGCCAAAGUUGCAGGGAACGGAUAUGAGGAAGUGCAAUAUUUUCCGCAAAAUAGUGAGUUAAUCAACAGUGCUGUGGCUAAAACUCCUCGACCAGGGACAUCCUUUCAGAGGCCUAUAACGGCUCAAAAUGAAGCCGUAUCUGCGACAACGCGGCCCAAAACCAACAGUGCCGUCGUACAAGUACGAACGGCUCAGUCAGCUUUGUUGACGGCGUCUCGCCUGUCCAGGGCAGCUACUGCAGCGGCAGCCGGUUCCUCAUAUGCAGAAGCUCCAGUUAUCCUCCGUUUUAUUUCGGAGGAUAAUAAAGAUUUCUUACCAGUAGCGAAAACCUUAUUCGAAUACGUAUACUACUGUGAAAGUAAUGUGCGAAAGGCAAUGGAAAUAAUUUUUCAAGUAAAAAAAAUGGAUGAAAAGCACGACUGGUGGUGGAACUACUGUUUAGCCCGUUGUUACUAUACUUUAGGAAUGCAUAGGAAUAGUGAGGAAAGUUUGAAACAGUCGUUGAAACAACACAAGCACGUUGCUAUUUAUUUGCGUUUAGUAGCCCUUUAUGUUAGUAUUAAUCAACCGCUAACCGCAUUGGAUGCAUGUAAACAAGGAUUAUCAGCGUUUCACGAAAGCACUCCGCUGUUGUUGGAACAAGCCAGAAUUCAUGACAUGAUGGGCAACCAGGCUGUCGCUGUGAAGUACUAUAGAAUGGUAGCCAUUCAAAAUCCAUCUAACAUGGAGGCAAUAGCCAACAUAGCAAUGUUUAAUUUUUACAAUGACCAACCGGAAAUCGCGCUACGAUACUAUAGACGCAUUUUAGCUAUGAUCACGCCGGGACCAGAAAUCUAUAACAAUUUGGGAUUAUGUUGUCUAUACUGUAGCCAGUGGGAUCUUAUUUUGCCUUGCUUUAGACAAGCACUUUAUUAUUCAACAAAUUUUGAGUCUCGAUCUAUCAUUUGGUUCAACCUUGCACAUACAGCUCUUUCGGCGGGCGAUUUAAUUUUGACUCGACGGUGCUUACAAAAUAGUUUGGCGAUCUCUGAACACGCUCCAGCACGCCGUGCUCUCUUGGCAAUAGAAAUGCGUUUAAAAGCAAAAACAUAA